GUGCGUGGCCGCCGGGGCCAUGGCGGCUCUCGGCGUCGUCUGCCUGCUGCUGGGGCUGGCGUCCUGGCGGCCGGCCCCGGCCCGGGCCUCGGGCGAGGAGUUCUGGCCGGGCCAGUCGGCGGCCGACAUCCUGUCCGGGGCGGCGUCGCGCCGACGGUACCUUCUGUAUGACGUCAACCCCCCCGAAGGCUUCAACCUCCGCAGGGACGUCUACAUCCGCGUGGCCUCCCUGCUGAAGACCCUGCUGAAGACGGAGGAGUGGGUGCUGGUCCUGCCCCCGUGGGGGCGUCUCUACCACUGGCAGAGCCCGGACAUCCAUCAGGUCCGCAUCCCCUGGUCAGAGUUCUUUGACCUGCCGAGUCUCAAUAAGAACAUCCCCGUGAUCGAGUACGAGCAGUUCAUCGCAGAGUCCGGGGGGCCCUUUAUCGACCAGGUGUAUGUCCUGCAAGGCUACGCGGAAGGCUGGAAGGAGGGCAGUUGGGAGGAGAAGGUGGACGGGCGGCCGUGUACGGACCCGCUGCUGUACUCCCAGGACAAGCACGAGUACUACAGAGGCUGGUUUUGGGGUUAUGAAGAAACCAGGGGCCUCAAUGUCUCCUGCCUGUCGGUCCAGGGGUCGGCCUCCGUCAUCGCGCCCGUGCUUUUGAAGAACACCUCUGCUCGGUCUGUGAUGCUAGACAGAGCGGAGAACCUGCUCCACGACCACUACGGGGGGAAGGAGUACUGGGACACGCGACGGAGUAUGGUGUUUGCCAGGCACCUGCGUGCAGUGGGGGACGAGUUCAGGAGCAAGCACCUCAAUUCCACAGACGCCUCGGACCGCAUCCCGUUCCAGGAGGACUGGGUGCAGAUGAAGGUCAAACUGGGAUCCUCGCUCGGGGGGCCUUACCUCGGUGUGCACCUGAGGAGAAAGGAUUUCAUCUGGGGACACAGGGAGGACGUGCCCAGCCUGGAGGGGGCCGUGCACAAGAUCCGGAGCCUCAUGCAGACGCACCGGCUGGACAAGGUGUUCGUGGCCACAGAUGCCAUCAGGAAGGAACAGGAAGAGCUGAAAAGGCUGCUGCCGGAAAUGGUGAGGUUUGAGCCCACCUGGGAGGAGCUGGAGCUCUACAAGGACGGCGGCAUCGCCAUCAUCGACCAGUGGAUCUGCUCUCACGCCAGGUUCUUCAUCGGCACCUCCGUCUCCACGUUCUCCUUCCGGAUCCACGAGGAGCGAGAGAUCCUGGGCUUGGACCCCACGACCACCUACAACCGCUUCUGUGGAGACCAAGAAAAGGCCUGCGAGCAGCCCACGCACUGGAAGAUCGCCUACUGAGCCGCCGCGGCGGGGGCCGCGUGGGGCCGGCGUCGGGGCCUGCGAGCCAGCGCGGGAGCCGCCGCCUCGGGGGCCGCCUGGGGCCGGCGUCGGGGCCUGCGAGCAGCCCACGCACUGGAAGAUCGCCUACUGAGCCUCCGCCUCGGGGGCCGUCGGGGGGGCCGGCGU